UCCUCAUUAGAAAAUCAGUCCACAUUGUCGACGGUUCUCUCCAUUCCUUCGACAAAAUGACCCUUACUACUGCUCUAACCUUCGUGGUUUUGGUUUUCUGUAUCGACAAAUCAUCAGAAUGCCCUCAGAAAAACACCUCCUGCAACGACAUUAAAGCUGCUGAGAGAUUCACGUUCGUCCAUCAGUGUCCUGAAAACAGCGAGAUCGAAGUGUUCAUUAAUGGGACCCUGCUUGCCAUAUUGUCUAUAUCUGGCAAUUUGAAGACUUUGGAUGAAGACAUAAUCAUUGACAACGAUUCAGUCGUUACAAGAAACUGUCAAGACCUGAAAAUAAAAUGCAUAAUUCAUCUCACAGAGACAUCUGUAAACGAGGCGUGUUUGGAUUAUAAAGUUACAGGGAUGCCCAACCCAGAUCCCUUUCAGCCACCAACACCACAGAACCUCAUCAUCGGUGGGGCCGGUAAUUUGAUUUUGGUUAUUGGGGCGCUUUGUUAUUGUUGUAAAAGGAAGUACCACGUUGCACCGGGAGUCGCCUGGUAUCUACACAUGCUACGUUGCUCUUGUCUUAGAAAAGAUGAUUUUGACACGACACAAAACAACGGCGAUAUCAGGCUGAGCGAAACAUGUGCCACAGAUCCAGGUGGAAGUGGUGGAAGUGGUGGAAGUGGUGGAAGCGAGCAGGGAAACACACUUGAAAGUGUGCACGUUCACAGCUGCCUUUGCCUCCAUAGCAUCGAUGCCACGGCUGAUGCCCAGGCUCCUCAGUCCUUUAGUCUGGAGCGCAACUCCAGAAAACAGGGAAUCCAGUUGCCUGAAAGUGGAGUCGUGAUGAUCUCUGAUGGUAACGGGGCCUCGGAUAUUCGAGCCGUGAAUAGCUUGAGGGAUGAUCCAGGAGGAGUGAAUGACAACAACAGGAAAGCCAUUGAUGGGAUCGGGGCGAUGCACAGUGGAUGGACUGCUGGUGAUCGUGGUCCCGAAGGUCCCGAAGGUCCCGAAGGUCCCGAAGGUCCCGAAGGUCCCGAAGGUCCCGAAGGUCCCAAAGGUCCUGAAGAUCCUGAAGAUCCCGAAUGUCCUGAAGAUCCUGAAGAUCCCGAAGAUCCCGAAGAUCCUGAAGAUCCUCAAGGCCAACCGCUGCUGUCGGAUCAUCAGCGAGCUGCCAACCGAGGUGUUGACAUGACAGGGAAAGCCGUAGCUUUGGUGGACAAGCGCGGCUUUGACGCAGACCGGGUCAGCAGGCCCUCGGCGGUACCGGAAACUGACGUGGAGUCAACGCCCGACAUGAACACUGCAGUAUACAUGAAUAUUGAUUUAUAAAAUAGAUAUAUAUAAAGAAUAAAUACAUGAUAUUAAUAACAAUAAUAAUAACCAAAGUAUUCUCACAUGUGGUGCAUUUACUGGCAGCUCCUUUGGGAUCAAGCUUUUAUCUAAAUAAUAAUUUCGCUCUUGAUGAGCGUGCUCUCUUUUUUUUCUCACAAUAUCAGGCGAUAUAUUCUCUACAUGUGCCAAAGUGAUCGCGACACAUUGAAAUCAUUCUGAUGCCGCACGUUUUUCUUCAGGAAAAAUUAGACAACCACGGUGGAAAUCGGUGUUGUCUAACGUGUUGCUUUCAGCCUAUUCAUCGGCAUGUGAUCAGUCAAUCAGACGGAUUGGAUAACAUAUUCAUUUGGGUCAUUGUUUUUAAAUAUACAUUAAUAGCAACAACAACAACAACAGCAAAAACUCAAGUGUUACUGAGAAUAUAAAGUACUUGACCAAAGGAGGGGUGGACCAUGUCAGCUAAUGCACCACAUACAGAUAUGUAUAUUAAUAUACUUGUAUAACAGGUAUAAUGUAUAGUAUGAAUACAUAUUUAUGAACUAAACAUAUAUAUAUAUAUAUAUAUAUAUAUAUAUAUAUACAGAGAGAGAGAGAGAGAAAUUAUAUCAUAUGCUCUUAAUGACAUAAUAAAUGCAAAGCAUGCAGUAUGAAUCACAACACCUUUUUUUCUUCUUUUUUUUAUACUCUGUAUUUGUGAAUUCAGAGCUCUUAUCGUGAUUCUGUAUUUUUUUUCUUUUCUUGGUUAUGUCUUUUAGUUGCAUUGCUUUUGCUUUUGAGUUGAUCAAUGUGUAUGGAAAUAAUGAUAUUAAUGAAUACAGUAUGAUGAAUUAUGUUUUUGAAUUAAAUUGUUUAAAUCCA